AUGUCAAUUCAGGAGGCAGAGAUGGGCUCUCUCGGCCUGGAGGAUCUCUCCCUUGAGACCUCUGUCGAGACCGCCGAGAUGGACACUCUUGUCUUGGACGGUCUCCCCCUCGAGAUCCGCGAGGGCAUCGCCAAGAUGCUCUGCACCCACUGCGUCCCUACCACGAUUCACUUUGCGGGCUACAAGGCCUCCAAGAAAACACUGUUCAACCUUUGCCUCGUCAGCAAGGACUGGAACAAGAUCGCGACGCCCGUCCUCUAUGAGGCCUUCAACUCGACCGAGAAGAACACCACCUUCGGAUUCCUCGAGACGAUCAUCAUGCGCCCCGAACUGGGCGCCUACGUCAAGACCGCCUACCUCACGCCCUCGGCCAACCUCUACGGCCAGACCCAGGUCAACCGCUACAAGCAAUCCAUCAGCGACCGGGCGGCCGCCUUGGGCAUCGAUCCCACCGAGCACGACAGGUUCUGGGGCUCCUCCCGCGCCGACUCCAUCUGGGAGAACGAGCUUCGGUUCUUCCUAGAGGAGAUGCUUCUCCUCCACACUCCGAACAUCGUGUCGGUGACCCUCAAGGACCGGCCCGAGGUCGUCGACGCCCAGUUCGCCUUCAGAUUCCUCGCCAUGGCCGCCGUGCAGAACCCGCAGCAGCAGCAGUUGUGGGACGGCUUGAAGAGCCUCCGCAACGUCGCCAUGGACAUCGGCGUGAGCCUCAUCACGGACGAGCGCUCUCACGUGGCCUACCUUUGCCGCCUCGCCUCCUUCGCGCCCAACGUGCGCGUCCUGAAGAUCCACGAGAUCUUCGUCCCGUACUGUUUCCACGGCCUUCGCGUGGCCAGCCACGCCGCCUCCCUGCCGCGUCCGCCCAUGGUGGUCCCGCCUCGCCUGGCGGUCUUCCUCGCGAACCUCACGUCGCUCAAGUUCGCCAGCCACGUCCGCUUCCGGGAGUCCCCCAAGAUCUUCCGCCAGAUCGUCGCGCACUGCACCGGCCUCGUCGAGGUCCAGUACGGCGCGGGCUCGCUCGACGCCGCGUCGGCGCUGCACAUCCUGUACCCGCUGCGCCCAACCCUGAAGCGCCUUCGCCUCACGCUCCAGGUCGCCCCCGGUGACCGCACCAUCUGGGACGGCCUCAACAGCCUGCACGUCUCGCCGUUCCACAUCGUCGCGAGCUUCGCGUCCCUCGAGGUUCUGCGCUUCGACUUCACCGGCCGCUGCCUCAACGAGCUGCCCCCGAGCCACACGCAGCGACCCGACAUGACGGUGGCACUCACGAAAGCCCUGCCCCCUUCCCUGCGGGUGCUGUUCCUCACGGGCUGCGAGUGGGCGUACCUCGUCGAGGGCAUCUCCCAGCUGCGGAAGCUCGUCGAGGAGCGCAAGUUGCCCAGCCUCCAGAAGCUCCACGUGGCGUGCACAAGCCUCGCCCGGGACAAGCCCUUCAUCAAGACCUUUGCCAAGCACGACGUCGACAUGAAGAUCUUCCUGCACCGGUUCUCGGCCCGCGAGGAGAAUGCCGGCCUCGAGGAGGAGGGAUGGGACCAGUACGGAAGCCUUGCUUGA